GGCAUCAGCGGAUUCACACCGGGAACGCCCAUAUAUCUGCCCUCAAUGUGGCAAGGGGUUCACCCAACUGGGCCUACUGUCCCUGCACUUCACCAGAACGCCUUGUGGCCAGAGUGCUGAUCCCCCACUACAGUCCACAGAGCAACAGGAGGAGCCAAACGACAAAGGGAGUGGUCAGUACAAGUGUCAGAAAUGUGGGGCUAGCUUUGACACCGUACUAGAGCGGCUGAAGCAUAGGCAAACCCACGUGGUGAAUCGCCAUUACAAGUGUUCCCAGUGCGAGAAGAUCUACGGCCGCCCGUCUGACCUGAGGAGACAUCAGAUGAAGCACACCGGAGAGAGACCCUUCCCCUGCGCAGAGUGCGGCAAGGGCUUCACUCACGUGUGGCUGCUGAACAAGCACCGGCAAAUCCACACCAAGGAGCGGCCGUACCCGUGCCCGGAGUGCGGCAAGAGUUUCACCCAGUUACAGAUACUGAACAGACACCAACUGAUUCACAACGGGCAGAGGCCUUUCCAGUGCUCCUUCUGCGAGAAAAGUUUUACUCAGCUCGCGGGCCUGACGAGACACGAGAGGAUUCAUACAGGGGAGAGGCCAUACCUCUGCACCGUCUGUCAGAAGACCUUCUUAACACAUGGGGAGCUGGUAAGACACCAACGCAGCCACAGCGACUUCAGACCGUUCUCUUGCUCUCAGUGUCCCAAGAGCUUCAAAACCAAGCGUGCACAGAGUGAACACAUGAAUACCCACACAGGGGAGCGACCGUUCUCUUGCGCACACUGUGGGAAGGAGUUUGCCAAGUCUACUUCCCUCAUAAGACACAACCUGAUGCACACAGGGAGAGACCGCAUCAGUGCGCUCAGUGUGGCAAGACCUUCCUUACCUCUGGGGAGCUGCUCCUCCACAGACGAAUACACACAGGGGAGCGGCCAUACCCGUGCUCGGUCUGUGAACGGAGGUUUAGGUGUUCGUCAGACCUGACCAUGCAUCUGCGGACACACACAGGAGAGCGCCCAUACUCCUGUAUGUUGUGUAAGAAGUGCUUCUCCACCUCAACGCGUCUCAAAAGGCACCUGCGCACUCACAUAGGGAAAGGUGUGUAAUCAUGGCAAGAACCUUCGAAAAUAUUGUCAUGUAUAUUAAUUUAUUUUCCAAAUCAUGUUUAUGGACUGCAUUACUGACUAGUAUGAGGACACAAAAUAUAUGCAUGUUACUAAAACUCAGCCUUACAACAUGCUCUAUUAAAAAAUACAAUUAUGCCUUUAAUUCACAUUAAACAUUUUAUUUUAACA